AUGGCGACGAUUGCCCUUCCGAGACCCAUUGCCCCGCACCGCCCAACGUCGACGGUGGGAUCCGUCCCAACCAUAUCGCUCGAGUCCAUUGGCACUGCUCAAGUGCCCGUACCAAACAAGCAUCUUCCAGUUUGUCCUCCAGGUCCUGUUCCCGCCGAGGAGCCAAAUACUCCUCCUCCAUCACCUCCUCGCGACGACGAUUUGAUUCAGCAGACUUCGUUGUUGUCCCCCCCCGACAAGUUCUCCAAAUUCGAGUCGGGCCCGGCCACCGUAUAUACCGUAGGCCCCGCCGAUGUGGCUGCCGCUGUCGACUAUAUCUCUCGUCAGCCCUUGCCGGACCCAAACCAAGUCUUCCCAUGGUUUCAUGGUCUCCAUCCUCACAAUCACAUCCAGCAGGCUUUUUUCAUCGCCCGCCACCGUUCACUCCGCAAAACACCUACAUGUGUUCGAGGGGUCACGCUCGUCAAAGCGGACGGUGAUCUGAGCGUCGCCCGCCUCAAAGGUGCUAUAGCCCCACAGGAGCUCAUCAACCUGGCCGCCGCCGCCCCCGAAUUUCUCGAUGUCGACCCUCGCGAUGGCUUUUGUGUGAGGAACUUCCAGAUUCAGGCUGCAAAAGCUGCCAUGGUUUCGGACAUUGUUGUUUAUGGUCAGGAUGAGACGGCUGUUCGCAAAGUGAGCCUCGAUAUUGCAACGGCACAGCUUCGAUGGCGGCAGAGGCACGAAGCUCAGGGUCACUCUGUUCCGGACUACAAUACGUUCAUGUGUUGUUCGCCAUUCAACAACUUUGAGAACAACCACAAGGAGAUUGUUGCUGUCGACGCUCAGGGCCAUUUGACUGGCAAUGUCCUCGACGUUUUCCACCAAGAGCGGAAGGAGAUGUAUGACAUGACCAGAGCAUCGGAAAUAUCCCACAAUGUUUGGCUCGGUCCAACACCAGAACCUUCCUCAGGGGAGGACCAACAGUUCGAUGUUUUGAUCGAAUGUAGUGAUGUCGGUCGGCUUAACCCUUCAGCACUGCGGGCCUUGGCUGAGUCUCGCGUUGAGCCUGCUCAGAGGCCCUACAUUGACUUCCCCUCCUCUGGAAGCAUCUUACCACCUACAUGGUCACAAGCCGAAGCCGAUGGCAUUUUGGAAACCUGCAAGUGGAUUUAUCACUUAGCCCAUGGCACGCUCCCAGCUACAAACAGCACCGAUAUCGAUAGGGAUGGCGACACCGAUAUGAACGGUCAGGCAUUGUCGCCUGUUAAUAGGAGAGAGAGAAAAAUUCUCAUCCACUGUGCCGAUGGAUACACCGAAUCUACCAUGCUCGGAAUCGCAUACUUCAGCUACAGCACUGGCAGGGGCAUUCCUGAUGCUUGGCUGGACUUGCAUACCAUCAAGAAGCGGAAUUUCUUUGCCUAUCCUACUGACGUUGCUCUUCUUACCUGUAUCGAGGCCCGGUUGCUACAUGAGUCGCCCGUUCACUCAGGUAAGGGCCUCGGCGAAAUCACAUCGCUGAUCAAGGAGCCAGCAUGGCUUCCCGGUCUAGAUGGAUCAUUGCCUAGCAGAGUUCUUGAGUAUAUGUACCUCGGUAACCUAUGUCACGCGAACAACCCCGACCUCUUGAGGGCGAUGGGGAUAACUCAAAUUUUGAGUGUUGGCGAGACUUCGAUGUGGAGGGAAGGCGAGCUGGAGCAGUGGGGUCCAGAAAACGUCUGCAUUGUACAAGGAGUGCAGGAUAACGGAAUUGAUCCUUUGACGGAUGAAUUCGAGAGAUGCCUCGAUUUUAUUGAGCGUGGCCGGCGCAACGGAACAGCCACGUUGGUACAUUGCCGCGUUGGAGUAUCGCGCAGUGCAACCAUCUGCAUCGCCGAAGUAAUGCGAUCGUUAAGUCUGUCAUUUCCCCGAGCAUAUUGCUUCGUCCGAGCCCGCAGGCUCAAUGUCAUUAUUCAACCCCACCUCCGUUUCGCGUACGAGCUUCUCAAAUGGGAAGAGCUCAACCAGUCGAAGAAAAAGGGCUCAUCUAGGGUGAAGCGGGAACUUGAAUGGGGCGAAAUCGCCAGGGAGAUCGCUCUGAUGAACCGUCCUUACGCCAGGUAA